AUGUAUGUAUGUAUAUUUUUGCCGCCAGACGAGCAUAGAAUCCAUAACCACACCGGAUACAGAAAUACCGCCCAAAAAGUAGUGUGUUUUAAUAUAUACUGCGUUUUAGUUGUUACGUGUUUGUCUGUGCAAACUGUGAAUUCCAAUACGGCAAAUAUGAAUAGACAUUUUAGUGAUAGUGCCAAAGAUGUGAAAAAUGAUAAUCAAAAUGAUGAACGCCACGACGAAGAUUACAAAGAACAUGAACACGCGAGUGAAAAUGUAGAUUAUACUAAAGUCAAUUUCGAACAUGACCCCUAUUACAAUAGUGAAACUUUUGUACACAAUAACAAAUUUUACAACCCCGAAAACAGUGCUUAUAGCAACUAUGAGGACUACAAAAAGUUUUAUCUUAACCCCUCGAGUCCGAUCCCAAAGGCUAAUGUGAAAUUUAAAAUAAGCAGUAGGAUAGUUCAAACUAAAUAUGGAAAAUUACAGGGCAUAGUGUUGGCUAUGGACGAGCAUAGAUAUUUGAGUCCUCUAGAAGUUUUCCUUGGUGUCCCUUAUGCUACGCCUCCAGUUGGGUCAAACAGAUUCAGUCCAACAAGAACUCCGUCUCCAUGGGACGGAGUCAGGGUGUCUGACAGGCCAGGUCCGGCUUGUCCGCAGAAGCUACCAGAUCUAGACGAUGAGAGGACCAUGUUAGAGAAAAUGCCUAAAGGCAGACUAGAGUAUUUGAAAAGACUGAUGCCUUAUCUUAAGAAUCAAAGUGAAGAUUGUUUGUAUUUAAACAUAUUCGCUCCUUUGCAAAUGGACGAAACAAAACUAGCAUUGCCGGUCGUAGUCUACGUCCACGGGGAGAGUUACUCGUACAGUUCCAGCAAUCCGUACGACGGCGCCGUCUUGGCCAGCUACACCGACCUCAUUGUGGUCACGCUGAACUUCAGAUUAGGGGUAUUAGGUUUCCUCAAUGCAAAUCCAUCACCCCAGCUCAAAGCACGUGUAGCCAACUACGGCCUUAUGGACCAGAUAGCAGCAUUACAUUGGGUACAACAGAACAUAGCACUAUUUGGAGGCGAUCCAACCAACAUAACUUUAAUGGGGCAUGGUUCUGGAGCUGCCUGCAUCAACUUCCUCAUGAUAUCACCGACAGUUAUGCCAGGUCUAUUCCACAGAGCAAUAUUAUUAUCAGGCUCUGCGCUUAGCUCCUGGGCAAUAGUUGAUGAUCCCGUAUACUAUUCUCUUAAACUAGCCAAACAUAUGAACUGUAAUAUACCAGACGAUCUAUCGAAAGACCACGAGAUCAUUGUUGACUGUCUUCGUGAAGCGCCUAUAGAAGAAUUAUUAUCUGCAGACAUAUCCCCUCCUAACUUUUUAACUGCGUUUGGACCUUCUGUUGACGGUGUGGUUAUAAAAACGGACUUUGCUAAAGAUUUCUUAACGAUGUAUGCCACGGGGGACUUUCCAAGUUUCGGGCCGUUGAAUAAUAUGAAUUUUAAUAUGAAUGUACAUAAGAAGAGGAGUGAUAGUGGAAGGAGAUUGUUCCAGAAUAAGUAUGAUUUAUUAUUUGGAGUGGUGACAAGUGAAGCACUUUGGAAGUUCUCAGCUAAUGAUGUGCAGAAUGGCAUUGAGCCGGAUAAAAGGGACAGAAUGUUGAGAACUUACGUGAGGAACUCUUAUACGUAUCAUUUGAGUGAAAUAUUCUACACCAUCAUCAAUGAAUACACCGACUGGGAAAGAACGGUAGAGAACCCUAUAAACACAAGAGACGCGACUGUAGCCGCAUUGUCCGACGCACAAUACGUGGCGCCUUUGGUACAAAGUGGGGACCUAUUGAGUGGUGGUCCUAAACCCGCUUUGAACGACGACGAAGGACCAAGAAGACCAACUAAGACAUUCUUUUAUGUGUUCGAUUACCAGACUAAAGACGGGUUUUAUCCGCAAAGAAUGGGCGCAGUACACGGGGAAGAGUUACCUUAUGUGUUCGGAGCGCCAUUGGUGGAUGGGUUCGGCCAUUUCCCACAGAACUACACCAAGUCUGAAGUUGCACUGUCGGAAUCUAUGAUGCUGUUUGUAGCUAACUUCGCGAGAUCUGGAAAUCCUAACGAUAACAUCAGACAAGAAGUUCUACUGCCAGCUUCCAGGGAGAGGAAUAAGUUUAGAGGCACCGUUUGGGAAGAGUAUGAUUCUACGCAUCAGAAAUAUUUAGAAAUUGGCAUGAAACCUCGUCUGAAGAACCAUUACCGAGCUCACCAGCUGUCUGUAUGGCUCCGUCUAGUCCCCGAACUCCAUCGAGCCGGCAUGGAAGACGUUGCGGCCAGACAUAAUCUUUUCAAAAAUCACAACGAACAAGAACUUUACGAAGGAAUUGUCCGACCAGAUCCGCUUGCAAGGACCGGCAAUGAAAACGACCAGGUCCGACGAAAUGGAUCCGUGUAUUCUGACACAGCUUUAACCACGGUCGACACGAUUCUAGCUACGUGCGCUACUAUCCUGCCAAAUGGGAGAGACCUUCAGAAUGUUAACGCCACUGAUAAUACAUUAGCUAAUCUCGAAGCCGCCGGGUAUGCGGCGUAUUCGACUGCUCUUAGUGUUACUAUAGCUAUUGGAUGUUCGUUACUUAUACUAAACGUAUUGAUAUUCGCCGGUGUUUACUACCAAAGGGACAAAACUAGGUCGAGAUCAAAACAAACGCGAUUCAACGAGAAGCAUUUCGAAACUAUAUCUGGGAAACACUCUCAUUAUCACAUAGACCCGACACACGCGCCGAGUUUAGUGGUCGACGUUGAGAGGCAAAAUCGUAAAAAGCAAAUGAUGUCUGAACCACAUUUGGCAGGGUUGAAUUUCAAAGGGCCGUUGGACGUGCCGAAGUCACCGCCGAGUCCGUCUAUUAGUAUUGAUAACAUGAUGCUGCCGAGCAAGCUGGGCAGUCGGAACAGCAGUUUUAGAUUGCCGAACGUGAGUUAUCCGCAAGUGGGUGGGUAUGCGACUAUGCCGAAGAAUUUGAACCAGUUUAAUAACUCGCCGCCCUUACAAGAGUUAAGGCAACAGAAAUUCCAGCCUCCGAACGGUUCUGCGGCGCAAGCCUCCCUUAGGGAAGGGGAGGAGGGCAGAGGAAUGCCCCAUGCUACCCUCAGGAGGGGGAAACCGCCCCCCAGCCUCCCGCAAGCAGCCAUUGACGAGAUGAGAGUGUGA